AUGAGCACUUCCUGGGGGUCCCCGCACUGCUUCUGGCUGGUGGCGCUGGCCGCCGUGCUGCUGCAGACCCUCGCCCUGGUGGUCAGCGUGGUGUUCUUCAACAGAGUCCUGCACACGAUGCAGGACGGUUUUUCAGAGGGGAGUAUGUCAUGUUUGACCGACGUCGAUCUCAAUUUUCCGCCCGACCAGAAGAGUGACCCCUGCUGGCAAGUCCUGCAACAACUUGGCUACCACAUCGAGAAGGCGAUGGCAGCGAGAUUAGAGAAGGAAAUAUCUUCCGGCGUGACAAAUAAGCUGACAGGAAUCCUUCCUUUCCUUCCCGACGGCCACGUAGUCCACCCCGACGUGGCGGCCCACGUGACCGCCACCUCUGCCGCUACGUCCUCAAAGACGCAAGAAGGUGCUACUAAAACAAGCGGCUACCUCGGCGAGCGCGUGAUGGCGUGGGAAGGUCGCAGAGGUCAGUCCUUCUUGCACAACGUGGAGUUGAGAGGAGGAGAGUUGCUGGUGCCUCGGGCCGGUCUCUAUUAUAUCUACGCGCAGACCUACUUCAGACUCUCCUCCGACUGGAACAAGGACCAGGAGGAGGAGCAAAUUCAUGACCGGGAUCAGGAGCAGGACGGAGCCCAGCUCGUCCAGUAUAUUUAUAAAAAGAUGAGCUCCUACACGGCCCCCAUCUUGCUCAUGAAGUCUUCUCGGAGCGCCUGCUGGCCGCGAGGCCGAGAGCCAGGAAUGUUCUCUCUCAAUCAGGCGGGCACUGCCUUCCUGCAACCCGACGAUCGCCUCUUCGUGGCAGUCGGUAACGCCAGUGCUCUGGAGGCCGACGGCAGGGCCAGCUACUUCGGGGCCUUCCUGGUGGGCUAG